AUGCUCUGUGCCCGGCCCGCGUGCGGCGGCGGCGGCGGCCGCCUCCUGCUGAGGCGGCCGGGGCCCGUUGGGCGCCGCGGGUACUGGCGGACCGUGGGGCUGACCGAGGGCAUCAUCUCGGAGCUGGACACGGACCAUCACUUCGUGCACAGGAGCACGAUCCCCACCAUGCACUUCCAGGACAGCCUGCCCAGAUUACCUGUUCCAAAAUUGGAGGAUAGCGUGAAGAGAUAUUUGGCUGCUCAGAAACCUCUAUUGGAUGAUGAUCAGUACAGAAAUACUGAAAGAAUUGCUAGGGAGUUUGGAAAAGGAGUGGGCAGGAAGUUACACCGAGAUCUUGUUGAAUUUGAUAAAAAGAAUAAGCAUACCAGUUAUAUAUCAGAUCCCUGGUUUGAUAUGUAUCUCUGUGCCAGAGACCCUGUUGUUUUAAACUUCAACCCUUUUAUUUCUUUAAAUCCUGAUCCAAAAGAAGCAUACAACAGUCAGGUAGUGAGGGCAACAAAUCUGGUAGUAUCAUCAAUAAAAUUUCUUAACUCUCUAAAGAAUGAGUUUUUACGGCCAGAUAUCUAUUAUGUCAAUCCAAAAUGGAGCCAGAGUAGGGUCUUCAAAAACUUUAUCCGCCUUCUUCCAACCUCUGUGUCUUGGUAUGGAGCUUAUAUGGUAAACGCAUAUCCCUUAGAUAUGUCACAAUAUAAGUGUCUCUUCAACAGUUCCAGAAUUCCUAAAUUAAACAAAGAUGAACUGUUUACUGAUGAAUGGGGAAGACAUUUGUUGGUGAUGAGAAAUGGACAUUUUUAUGUUUUUGAUGUUUUGGAUUCUAUUGGUAAUAUUCUGCAUCCGUCUGAAAUCCAGGCUCAGUUAAUUUAUAUUUUACAAGAUGCAGAUCGCUUGCCUGAAUUUUCCCUUUGUUAUCUCACCACUGAAGACAGGAAUACUUGGGCAGCAGUAAGACAACAGCUUCUCGAAGCAGGCAAUGAAGACAACUUACAAAAAAUUGAUAGUGCAGUCUUUUGCCUAUGCUUAGACAAUAUAUCCCCAAAGAAUGAUACUGAGCUGUCACAUUGUAUGCUUCAUGGACAUGGUUUUAAUCGUUGGUUUGACAAAUCCUUUAGUCUGAUCAUCACUAGUGAUGGCACUGCAGGGGUAAAUUUUGAGCAUUCUUGGGGAGAUGGAGUUGCAGUCCUUCGUUUUGUUAAUGAAGUAUAUAGAAAUAGUACAAGACAUCCAGCUAUUGUACCACAUUCUAGUCCUCCUGCGUUAAGUGCUACCCGUUGUGAGAGACUGGAGUUUAAAUUGAAUGAUUCAAUCCAAUCUGCUAUAAAUGCUGCACAUAUGAAAUUUAAAGAAACAAAUGAGAAACUAUCUGUGAGAAUGUUUGAAUUCAGAAAGUUUGGAAAAGAAUUUUUAGUGAAACAAAAGCUGAGUCCAGAUGCUGUUUUUCAACUUGCAUGUCAGAUUACUGCUUAUCGACAGUUUGGAAAAAUUAUUUCAUCUUACGAAGCAUGUAGCACUGCUGCUUUUAAACAUGGCCGCACAGAAACUAUUCGACCCACAUCUAUACUAACAAAACAAUGUUCACGUGCAUUUGUUGAAGAACGAAGCAAACACAGUGUAGCAGAACUGAGAAAUAUGAUUGAUGAAUGUUCAAAAUAUCACAGACGGUUGCAACUGGAAGCUGCAUUAGGUAAAGGAUUUGAUCGCCAUUUAUUUGCAUUAAAACAUCUUUCAGUGUCCAGAGGUGAUCCUAUGCCUGAACUUUUUCUUGACUCAGCCUACCAAAAACUAAACCAUAUUAUCCUUUCAACUAGUACGUUACACAGUCCUGCAGUUCAUCUUGGUGGAUUUGGGCCAGUGGUGCCAGAUGGUUUUGGAAUUGGAUAUAAUGUCUUUGAUACGUGGGUAGGAUGUAACACAACUGGCUAUUUAAAUAGAGAACUACAAGAAUUUCUUAGAUGCCUAGAGUAUAGUUUAAAUGAUAUUUUAGAUGUUUUAGAAGGAAGACCUCUUGUGUAAUCAUAAGUGAUCAGCAAUAUUAGGAAUUAUUUUAAAACUAAUUUCUGACCCAUAAAAAUAAUGGUGCAAAAUCAACAGCAAAAAUCUAAUAAUGAGAAUAAACUAUUGGGAAAUAACUACAAAAGAAAAGGAAACUCUGAAACCUUAAUUAGUGGACUGACAAAAUAAUGUUAAAAUGUUAUUCUGUUUCUGGCCUUUUUUUUUUUUUUAAAUUAUUACUAGUUUUCAACAUCCAUUAAGGCCUUCAAGAAUUUUUUUUCCAUAUUUUCCAAACUCUUCCUAUUUUAGUGAAUCCAUUAAUUUUAUACUUGUUUGUUCUUUUUUUAUACUCUGCUUAUUAUUUAUUUUUAGAGGGGGGUUGUUUGGUUGAGUUUUGUUUUGUUUGCUUUGUAUUGUUAUACUGUAUUUUGUCUUCAUGGCUGUGCUUGUUCAAACAUGAUUAUUAAAAUAAAAGUUUAACAUCUUAA